AUGCCCUAUACCACAGCUGCCCCUUCUCAACGUCCAUCUACAUCCUCGACUGGGCAGCCUCAUGUCCAUGGGCCUGCGCCACCACCUGCGACAACUGCUCCACCUACGCAACCCCCUCAGCCUACGCCCCAUCCUCCAGUUGCCCCCUCUCCACGUCCAUCUACAUCCUCCGUUGGGCCGCCUGUUGCCCCCCCACCUCCGCCACCACCUAAGGGCCCUCCACCUCCGACACUACCUAAGCCCAAGUGGAAACCUCCGCCCCCUAGCUCUUCUCCAGACCCUUCUACACCCUCCGUCCACGGGCCUGGUGACUCGCCUGCACAAGCGCCUCAGCCAGAUCCCACCGCCGGCCCUCCUCCAAGUACACCCUCAACAGAAGAUGCCGGCACUCCACGUGCUCCAACACCUACGGCAUAUCCCGGAUAUGGUUCUCUUCCACGCACUAGUUCCAGCGGAAGAAGUGGACAUUCUGGCUUGGGUCCCAAAAGUAGCUCUACUGGAAGCAUAGGUUUUCCUAUCAGCGAAAGGGUGGAUGUUCCACCUGAUGUACCGCCUGAAGAAGGCCCCAAAUUUGGUACUCCUCCACGCAAACUCCCUACCCUCCUCCUCCAACACUGGAGGGCAACUGAUGCGGAGUCUGCUCCCAGUGAUGUGGAAACUCAGCCGCCUGAGCAACCAGUUCCGUCAGCAACUGAUGCGCCUGCACCUCCUCCGGGACCCCCACAGCAACCUCAGCCUGAAACUCCCGGGGAGCCAUCAGCCCCAUCCCCAUCGCAGGUGGCAUUGCAGUCCACGCAGCCGUCUGAAACUCCUGCCCCUCCCCCAUCCACCACUCCGGAAGAACCUGAUGAUGACAAAUCCAAGAAGAAAUCUAAGAAGGGAAAAAAGGCUAAGUCUUCAGAUGGCGGAGAGCCUGAAGGCGGUACUCAUCCCACGGGAAAAAAGAAGUCCCCAUGGGGUUGGGGCUCGAAACGGAAAAGCAAGGAUUCGAAGGUCACUUCCUCUGAAACGGCUUCGCCACCGCCACCCCCACCAUCCCAAGACCCUGUAGAGCCAUCUACGUCUUCAACCACUUCCACUUCUCCACCCGGGCCUCAAGAACCCGCGCUGCGCCCUCCUUCUGCGCCUGGAAUCCCUGCCGUUCCCUCUGAAGCUCCACAAGCACCUUCGCCUCCACCUUCCUCGUCUACUUCAACUGCACCUCCCCCUGGACCGCCCACAGAAUCAAUCCCAGAGCCGCGCGCUGCAUCUCCAGCACCAUCUGCGCCUGGCCCUGCUACGCUGGCGCCUCCAGUGCUCCCCCCUCGACCACAUCAAGAAAUGCCCCCAUAUCAAGGGCCGGCGCCAAUUCAACAGCCUGGAUCUCCACCUGAACACCCACCUUCCCUACCUGGGGCAACCGUGCCGCCCACACCGACCCCAGCUCCCCCGUCUGAUGGACCGCAACCUGCUACGCCUCUGGAUUAUCAAGGGGGCGCCCGCCCGAAAUAUGGUCGUCCGCCAACCGUUCCAGUACCACAACUUGACCGGCCGGCGCCUACUGAUUCACUUCACAGAAGACGAGGCCCUAUCACCCCCGGUUUAGUGGAAGAAUGGCUUUCGACAUCCCCUGCUCCUCCCACGCCGCCGCCUCCAGCGACCCCUCCCCAAACGCAUGAGGGGGAACCCCCUCGUCAGGGGCCCAUGCCAGAUCAACAGCACAUACCUGUGACUAAGCUUUUCCUUGGCCAUCCUGCAGGAGUCACCUCGCCCCUACCGACCCCUGCUCCCCCGUCUGAUGCUCCCCAGCCUCCUCCAUCUGUGGCGUAUGCAUGGGGCACACCCGCCCCUGCACCGCACGUCGCGCCUCCACAUGAACCAUUGACAGAACACGGACCAGUCACGACUCCGUCUGGUCUUCAACUGGGAGCGCCUGGGGUGUCUAUCGGACCGGAAUAUCCACCAGUGCCAUUGACUGCACCAGAAGACGAGCCAGUGGGUCCGUCCGGGGAAUUUCCCCCUUCUCCUCCGGACGGACUUGGUCCUGAAGAGUGGCCUGAACCCCCACAACUUCCGCCUUGGCCAAGUGAUGCAGAUAACUUUCCGAUGGAUAUGCCGCCCCCGCCGCCCCCCCCAGAGGAAGGGCAGCAGCAACCGGGAGACGCGCCUCCGCCACCAGAGGAGCCAUCUCCACCACCUGCACCCCAGCCUACGCCACCAGGAGGGGACCCUCCCCCCCCAGAGCGCCCUCCUUCUCCAAAGAGAGAACCAUCUGACCGAAGCGGCUUGGCUACGGAUGACGAUUUGGAGGCUAUGGCACAAAAACUUGAAGGCUUCACACUAGGUGCCGAGGUGGUAACAGACACAGUCAUGUACGACCCUAAGCUCUUAAGCAGAGCAGAAGAGCUUUUCGGUGAAGGAUCGUCUCUUCUUACGCAAGCUGAACAACUCGCUUCACACCCAGAUGCCGACCCUAGAAGGGUGAAGAACCUUAAAUCCCGAAUCGACGGCUGCCGCAAUACAUUGACAAGCUUAAAACGCUGUCCUCACACAUGGGAGAGAAAGCUAUCUGAGCUUACGGGUAUCCUGAAGUCGAAAACAGAUGCCCUGCAAACGAGUCGGGCAAUACCUCCUGGUAUGCUUCCAGACUGGCAAGCAAUUAUCAGUAUGGAUGCGCUACGGUCCAGCAUGGGAGAGGCGACAAAAGCGCACACAGCGUUGGGUGCCCUCGGAGAACAUUUCGCAGAUUCUCCCACCCGGCAGAGUACUCUUCAGGCUGUGGCCCGGGCACUUGAGGCAGCAGAACAAGAAAUAUCUUUGACAGGGGGGAUUUGUGCAUCUGUCUGCGCGAAAGCAUUAUGGGAUAGCAUGCCCGAUACGCCUGAGAACUCGUUGCCGCCGGCAGAAGACAGUACCCUAGUGACGGCGCAGUCCUUCAGCACGCGGUUGAGAGCACUAGGCAUAAGCGGAAGGGAGUUUCAAGACCUGGAAAACGCGAUAAAGGAAAGGCAACGUUUGGCCGGCAUCUACUGA